AUGGCUCAAACAGAUUUCCAACGCCUUGCCGUUGGUCUACAAAUCCUUCGAGAUGAAAUUCCCUUGAUUUCGAAUAUGCCAAUUCGAGAUGCUUUGCAACAGCAGAUCAACGCAAUCCAAGAAGAGAGCAACGCCAACCGCCAGCAGAUGGCCGAUCUUUUUGAGCAAGGACUAGCACAACUUCGAGACCAGAUUGCACAACUCGGAGGCCAGAAUGCACAACUUCGAGACCAGAUUGCAGAAGUACAAGCACAACUUCGAGACCAGAUUGCAGAAGUACAAGCACAACUCGGAGGCCAGAUUGCAGAACUUAGAGGUGAUACUCUACAACUACAAGGCCAGGUUGGGCUGGUUCAAAACGAGCAGCAACUUCUGCCAAUGAGGCUGUAUAAUGCCUCUGCUAGUGAGCUCGCACCGCUCCGAUACCCAGCUGCAAUACCCGGGCCGAAUGACCAUAUAUUGCCGGCAACCCGCCGUCACCUUUCAACGUUUAGUGCAAAUCAACUUCAAGCUGCUUCUCAAGCACUCGGACUUCCAGCCUUGCCCGCGAAUACCCUGGUUGAGGAUCGUAGACGGCAGAUUGCAGACUACAUCGGUGUUUCCUAUUGA